GUGUCCAUUCACGCACUCGGCGGGUCCGCUGCCCAACCAUGACCGCUGCUGAAUUCUGGACUCUGUCGAUCGGUUUCCAUAAACGUGCAAGUAUUAUUAUUAGCCAUGUUUGAACAUGUUGCCAGUUUAGUUUGUUUUCGGUUCGGCUGUUUAUAAUAUUUAAUAUUUGUUCGUCUUUCCGUAUUCCUCAUAAAAAUAAUCUUUAUGAACAUAUAAUAUUUAUUAAAGUUUAAUGCACGCGUAUUUGCCAGUUGAUUGAGCUGCAAGUGUUCGUAAACAACAAAGAUCAAGAAACAGAUAUUAUACAUAAAAGUAUAGGUACCCAGUGCGCGCGCACGUGACGCGAUGAUAGUGAAUGUGUCAAAACUUCAACAAAUCAUGAGCUUUGUGGUACUGGCCGCAGUGAUAGUGGCUGGCGUGCAAUGUUCCAAUCACGAGGCCGAAAAACGGGUCAUGCACAACAACAAUGACAGUCCUAUGCGGUUAAAAGCACAGUCCCGGAUAUCCAUGUCAAAGAGUGGAUACGGUGCUCGGGUCCAGAUCCGUGAAGAUUUACAUGGACGGAAGCAUGCGCACGCAAUGGCUAUCUGUGAUUGUAAUGGACAGGGUCCGUGGAGACCGCUGUUCAAACCAUCGCAAAUCCUCAAGACCGAGUUCCCUGAACAUGAAUCGUUCCACGAAGAAGUAGACACCCACUACCGAAAUAUGGUAGGGGACCACGUGGACAACCAUUUGCGGUUGCCGCCGACACCAUCCCCGGAACAUCUAUCCUCUGGACCAGACACCGGUGGCGGGUUUAGUGGUGGCGGCAUUAGCUACAAUGGCGGUGGUUAUGGGACAGGUGUCAGUGGUAGCAGUGCUGGUAGUGCUGGUGGUGCUGGUGCUGGACUCGCCAAGAAGCACAACCAUAUGAUCCACUUGCACCUGAUACCACACAUUUACGUACCGAUCAUGCAUUCAGCUGGUUUCUCCGAGGCCAAAAACUAUCAUGCGACCAUUGAGGACGGGUCAUCACUAUCGUCGCCUGUCCAGAACUCGGUGGAUACGUCGUCGGAGUUUCAUGUCGGUGAUGUGGCUGCUACUGGGGGGUCUGGCCAGUCUGGCACUUCUAAUUCUGGCGGUACUGGUGAAAAUCCCGCGUCGGCCACUUCAGGUCAGGCCGGUGACCACGAUCAAGGUAACUUUAACGGACACUCGGGAGAGACGUCGUAUUAUACGAUAUCCGAUGACGCUGUUCAACACCUGCACCAGGACUUGCACGACCAUUAUGGCAAUGGGAUCGACAAUAACCACAAUCACGACUACGAGGCCCCUCCUAACUCAGUACCCGAAGAACCACAUCAGUACCAGGUACAUGAGACCGACGACCUUUCCAAGGACUACAGCAACAAGAACCACGUGACGAGCGUGUCGUCGUCGGCGAUCAAACCGUCUGCGCACCACAACCACUACCAGCCACAGCAGCUGAAGCACAGGAACCCCGGGACCAAGCCGAACAGGGGCAAGCACGGGCGCAAGCUGUCCAGCCGCCAGGACCUGAAGAACCUGCUGGUGAUGCGACCGCCGCCAGUCGGACAGACGCAGACGUGGAGGUACGUGUACCGGACGCCGGUGGCCGGACACCACCAACAGUAUUACCAGGGCAAGCAGCCGCUUCCGGUGAUCAAGACCAGGACGGUGCCGCUCAUCCUGCACAUUCGGCAGAGGUCGGAUGACGAUUGAUGCGUUUUCUUACAUAAACCGAUAUCUUGCAGUUAUUAUUGUCAAUUUUUGUCGCUGAUUUAAUGCGAUAUGUGUACGUAACAUUGUAGUUUUUUUUUAAAAAGUAUAAAGAAUUAUGUUUAAUGAUUAGCGCCUUCGACAGCGACGGCUCGAGCGUAUUUUUGUAAAUUACCUACAUAAUAUUUUUUUUAUUAUCAUUGCUGUAAGACUUCUUUCGUAUUUGCAUACAGUGUUAUUAUUAUUAUUAUUUGUAUUAUUACUAUUAUUAUUAUUAUUAUUAUUAUUAUUAUUAUUAUUAGAAGUUGAUACGCUAAUUUAAAUUUAAAUCUAUUGCAACGAGUACGAUAAUUACCUGUAUAUAUAUUAUAAUUACAGUUUCAUAAAGAUAAUGAGUAAUUCAAUUUAGUCUUUGUAUCGUAAAUAUGAACUAAUUACCAAUAUACUCUUUAUAGUAUCAUGAAACAUUCCGUUAAAAUACAUUAUUACAUAUGUCAAACAUGGUUUUCUAUAACUUCAUUUAAAACAAACAGUAAGUUUAUAUCAAAUUUAAGAAAAAAU